AUGGAGAACGGUCUCCAACAAGUUGUCACGUCGUCUGAUAAGCACGCUCUUCGGAGAAUCGCUUUAGCAGAGAUUGACAAUGCACCUCUAGGGUUUUCCCACCUCAGAGCUGUUGUCGUUGCCGGAACUGGAUUUUUCACUGAUGCAUACGACUUGUUCAGCGCAAACUUCAUCACAACUAUGAUCGGUCUAGCUUUCUACCAGUCACAUGUUAUACGGACUUCAGUGGAUACAGCAAUCAAAUUGUCUACCACUGCCGGUGCUGUUCUUGGCCAGGUCUUCUUCGGAUGGCUUGCGGAUAAGUUGGGCAGGAAGCGGAUGUAUGGCAUAGAGCUGAUCAUCAUUAUCGUGGGGAGCUUUGGACAGGCGAUAAGUGGCUCUGGGCCUGGGCUUAACUUGCUGGGACCAUUGAUCUCUUGGCGUGUAUUCAUGGGAGUUGGCGUUGGAGGGGAUCACCCUUUAUCCUCUGUGAUCACAUCCGAAUUCGCUACUGUCAAGUGGCGCGGCGCGCUGAUGAACUCUGUCUUCGCGAUGCAAGGUUUCGGAAAUUUCGCGGCCGCAAUGGUCUCGUUCAUCUGCGUGGUGGCAUUUAAAGGGUCACUCGUCCAAGCAAGCAACCCCGCGCAUUGCGACACAACGUGUCAGGUAGCAGCCGACAAGAUGUGGAGAACCAUUGUCGCUUUUGGUGUCUUCCCAGCACUGUGCGCCCUGUACUUCCGCCUCACAAUCCCCGAAACACCUCGGUAUACAAUGGAUAUGGCUCUGGAUCUCGAGAACGCCAAGGCCGAUACAGAUGUGUACUUGAUGCGGAAGAAUCCAGCUGUUGCAGUUAGCGACGAACAUUUUGUAGUCGUUGCCGCCCGGCAAAAAGCUGCGGGCCCGAAAGCUACGUGGAAGCAAUUUUGGCUCCACUUCAAGCAAUGGCGAUACGGGAAGAUCCUCCUCGGUACAGCAGGCUCGUGGUUCUUCAUAGACAUCGCCUUUUGGGGUUUAGGUCUCAACAACUCCUCGAUUCUUCGCGCUAUCGGGUACGCCGGAUCGACCAAUGUAUACUACAGCUUGUACAAUGUCGCCGUGGGCAACUUGAUCUUGUCUGUAGCUGGCAACAUCCCUGGCUAUUGGGUGAGCGUGGCAACAGUCGACACUCUUGGCCGCAAGCCUAUUCAGAUGGCCAGUUUCAUCAUCCUUACGGUGCUAUUCUGCGUGAUCGGAUUCGGCUACCAUCAUCUGUCACCGCAUGGCCUGUUUGCCUUGUAUGUGUUGUGCCAAUUCUUCUCGAACUUUGGUGCCAAUUCUACUACAUUUAUAGUCCCUGGAGAAGUCUUCCCUACCCGAUUCCGAUCAACAGCCCAUGGGAUCUCUGCGGGCGCAGGCAAGGUUGGAGCGGUUAUCGCUCAAGCUCUCCUCGGACCUCUUGCGAAAACAAUCGGUUUGAACCAUGUAAUGGAAAUUUUCGCUGCCUUCAUGGUAUGCGGAGUCGCCACCACACUACUUAUCCCUGAAACAAAACGCCGCUCAUUGGAAGAGCUAGCACAGACGUAUCAUGGAGACGAUGAGCUUGAUGGGGUCGUGAUGGAGAACGUCUCGAAUGGCAAGGAAUCCGCGGCGAAUCAAUCGGAUCAGCCUGUGAUCUAG